AAGUAAAUCUUGAUGACUUUCUAUUGCCAGAAGAAAUAGAAGAUACUAUCAAUCCUAUUCUAAUUUUAGAAUCAGAAAUAGAAGACACUACCGAUCUUAUUUCAGCUUUAGAACCAAAAAUUGAAAACUUUGAAGACUCUAUAACUAUUCUUCUAACUGAUGUAUCUCAAACCAUUCAGCCAAUGACUAAAAGCUUAACCAAUCCAUUUAUUGGUAGAACUUGGAAAACCCAAGUGGACAAGAUGUUGACCCAACUUGCUACUCAAGGCCGAACUAGAAAAGACCUCAACCAAAAGAUUCAGAUGUAUUAUUAUCUUGGAAAACUUCUCAACCAACAUGCAGACCCAGCCAUGAUAAAAGCUUUUAUCGAAAGGAAACAAGGCAAAAGAAAAGCCAAAGACACUUGGUGUAGUGCCUAUCGAACUUAUGAACUUUUCAGAAUCUGCCCAAAGGAAGUUAUUUCUCA